CUGGGGCGUAGGGAUCUGGUAGCAAUGACAACUUCUUCUAGAAGGAGCAUCAUUUCAUCCUUAUUGAGGAGGAUCUUGUAGCUCACAAUGACAACAUGUUGGCAAGUGGACAUGCAUCUUUUCAAAGCCCAAACAUAUUAUGCCUUGUAAUUCAAGUUACCAGGAAUCAGGGUUUUGGCUAUCUCCACAAAUAUAUUUUCAUCUCUCUCCUGGAAUGACAGAAAGUAGUAUUGGAAGUAAAGGAAAACAACUUCCCUGUCUGUUGUUUUUUUUUUUGGUACUUCGGAAUAAUAUCCUGUCUGUUGUUUGUCUCUUCUCCUGGUAAGAAUCUCAUUCCCCAUUGCUUUUUUUGUCUGUUUGAUUGCUUAGAAUAGAAGAAAUUUCCUUUCAUAUGUUUGUUUCUACUAAAACAUCUUUGCUCUCUUCAUAAGUUCUUUUGUAGGUGGAGGUUCAUCCUGCAGAUGAAACUUCUCUUGUUCACAUAUAAUGUCCUCAAUUGCCGUAAAUUUGUUUUGGUUACAUUGAUCUAGCAUGGGUGCUUCCAUCUCUCGAAAGCUAAAGUGGUUUCUUGCAAAGCGUGAUAUGAAAAUUCUGAUGCUGGGUCUUGAUGCUUCAGGGAAGACAACCAUCCUGUACAAGUUAAAGCUGGGUGAUGUUGUUGCAGCUGUACCCACAACUGAUAGAUUCGGCCAUUGUGGAGACAUUACUUUAGGAAUACCCAGGGACUCAUUUUCGUGGUGGACAGCAAUGAUAGAGGAAGAAUCUCAGAAGCUCGAAAUGAGCUGCAUCAGAUUCUGGGUGAGGGCGAACUACACGAUGCAACCCUACUUGUUUUUGCGAACAAGCAAGACCUUCCGGAUGCUAUGUGUGCUUCUGAGGUUGCUGACAAACUUUGCCUGCAUUCGCUUCGUCAGCAACGGUGGUAUAUCCAGGGUACUUCAGCUACCUCUGGCCAAGGGCUUUAUGAGGGUCUUGAUUGGCUUGUCACCAACAUCCCCUACACAGCACCAACAGCCUGCCUAUGCUCUUCCACUGCUGCUUUUCAAAAUGGAAGGGACUAAUAAAUCAGAAAACCUUAUCAACCCAUGGCCACCUUUGCAUGAGAGCACUAGAAUGGACUUGAGACUCAUUCAAGGAUCCCUCGUGCAUAAUGUGGGCGAGAUCAGACCUACAGUUCUUCGCCGUCCAUUUUCUCCCCAUCAGGCGUUGUCUAACUAGGCAUUCUACUUGUUGCAAUAUAUUUUUGUGCUUUUUAAACAUAAUAGUAAUCAAGGCAAGUACAGAUGCUUAAUGGGUACUGAGGUCAUGUUGAACUUGGAAAUACUAAUUGAGUAUAAGAAGCCCUUAUUUCCCCUGUUUUAUUUAUUUA